AUGAGCAAGCCCCCUGGAGCGACAGACGCCUCGGAGACGUUGGAGGGUCUCUCCCGUGUUAUCCGUGAGGCCAUAAAUAACGGAUGCACGGAUAUGCUACGACGUUACCACAGUCAAUUGGUUAGCCGCGUGCUAGUGCUGUCCUCGUCUAUUAUUGAAACAACAGCACUGGCGCUGCGUACGGACGUCACGUCGGCGUCGGCGCCUGGUGGAGAGCGGCAAGAGGACCCGAAAGCCCUCAUCCCGAGGCGGAGCCCGGAUCCUGGCAAGCGGACCCCCGCAUCUGGAAAAACUUACAAGAGCAACACUAUUAGCAAUGGUGGCGACAAAAUGCGGCGGGGGAAGCGUCCUACACGUGACAGGGCCCUCACGUUGCCACUUCUUCUCACCCCACCACUUGAAGUGGGGCCUACGAUGAACCGGUGCGCCACAUCCGCGGUGACAGUUAACGUUAGUGAUAUUCUGUCCUCCACGAAUGCAGCGCCUUCGUUGCCGCAUUUUACAUCAUCAGUCAAGCGCCCUGUGGAGGGUGAAAGAUGCGGCGCCAGGGGGCGUGGCUCGUCAUCUGAGGUUAUGUACCUCAGCGGCAUGCGUGAAAUGGGACAGCCCUUCGUGCAAGAUGAGGCGCUCACAGAUGAGGAAGUGCGUGCCACACUGUCCCUGGUAGCACAGGCGAGUAUUAAAGACAAGAAGCAGGAAGAAAUUCAGCAUUCAUACUAUGAAUUGCUGUGUGUUCGGUCGUGUGAAUUGGCGACUCCCGCGUCGCCCAUAUCGUCGCCGUACUCUGUUGGAAAUGAGGGUCGAUGCGUUCGUGCUGGCUGCUUCACAAAAUCCAUUUACGCCCAUCACCCCAGCGUUAAUGAAGAAGCUGCAUCCCCGAUGCUGACCCCGCCGAAAUCCAUCAAGGAGAAGAAGCAAGUAAACAUGCGUGGAGCAAGUUCUCAGCGCCCCUCCCUGAGUCCAUCGAGCUUGAUGUCGACGCCAGCCAGAUCGCCCUAUGUAAAAACAUGGAAGAAUGGGCGACGCAGUGUCGUUUCAUCAAAGUCAAAGACCGCCGCGAUGGCAACCGGGGCGGCGAAGGGAGCGGCAGCUAAGGCUAUUGAAGACGUGUCAUCAGUAUCGCCCAUUGUGUGGCGUCCCGUGACUCCAUCGAUGGGCACUGGGACUGGAGUCAACUGUAAGAGGUCCCGGGGAAGGGCAGGAGGUCAGCCGAUAUGUAAUAAAAAAGAAGAUUGUUUGGGGAAGAAUGCUCAGGGCGAAGAGGAUAAAGUUGUGGGCAAAGACAAUGCGACUCAAUUUGUCCUUCGUACUGAGGGCCGUGUUUAUACCCUCCACUACACAACGCCCUUGUGUACGCAGCGAAAAGAAGCUAAUGAUGAACCCACUGUGGGCGAUGGAACUAGUUCCCCUAUUAGCAUAAGCGUGGUGUCGCCUCAAUCUCCAUGA